CUGCCUGCGCCGGGGCUCCCGCAGCGCGCAGACGGCUCGGGCGCUCGCUUCCCGGGAGCAUGGCCCGGGUGCUCCGCAGCCUCCGCGGCUCCCAGCCUGUCGCCCGCUUCCAGCGCUGCUGCGGGCUCUUCCCCGCCGCGGGGGAAGGAGCCGGCCAUGGGCUGGCGGGGACCGUGGGCGGCGGGGACCAUCUCCCGGCCCGGGACACCUGCCCCGGGGGCAGCCCCGCCAGGCAGCGGCUGCCAGAGGCCAACGGUGUGAAGAGCCGCCCCCAGCCGCAGGAUUGUGCACAGAAAUAUGUUGUGAAGAAUUAUUUCUACUACUACCUGUUCAAGUUUUCAUCUGCCUUGGGUGAAGAGAUUUUUUACAUCACAUUCCUUCCAUUCACCUACUGGAACAUCAAUCACGAUGUGUCGAGGAGGCUGAUAAUGAUGUGGUGUAUUGCUAUGUACAUAGGCCAAGUUACUAAGGACAUCCUGAAGUGGCCUCGUCCUCAUUCACCUCCUGUUGUGAAGCUGGAAAUGAGAGCAGAAUAUGGAAUGCCAUCCACCCAUGCCAUGGCAGCUACAUCCAUUUCCUUCACAUUUUGUAUUGCAACAAUAAACCAAAACAAGUACCCACUUGUUCUAGGACUUAUGGCAGCAUUUGUAUUUUCUACCCUGGUGAGUCUCAGCAGACUUUACACUGGAAUGCACACUGUACUGGAUGUGAUUGGUGGAACUCUGAUUUCAGCUGUGUUAAUUGCACUCACAUAUCCUGCAUGGGAUAUCAUAGACCACUUGAUGUUAACUAGUCCAUUCUGCCCUAUACUUUCUAUAGUUGUGCCUUUUCUCCUAUGUUACAACUAUCCCAAACUAGAGGAUUACAGCCCUACCCGAGCAGACACAACUACUGUCCUUGGAGCAGGAGCUGGAGCAGCCAUAGGAUUCUGGUUAAAUAACCUAUAUGCAGCACCAAACUAUCCCAACGAAAGUCUUCUCCUCAGCCUUCCUCCAAUCAGUGAGAUGAUGAUGGUGGUGCUGGCAAAGUUCUUAGUAGGGAUUUUUAUUCUUUUGGUUACACGUUAUUUCAUCAAAGGCAUAGCCCUCCGUGUGUUGUGUUCUAGAUACCAGGUUUCUGUCAACGAUCUAGAAGCCAGACGACGACUGGAAAUAGAAGUGCCCUACAAAUUUAUAACAUAUUCUUCUGUUGGCUUCAGUGCUACAGUGCUUGUACCAUUAUUGCAUGAGUUAUUAGGAUUAAUAUGAGUGUGGUGCAUUGUUAGAAAUAAUUUAUGGCAAAACCACGUUAGAGAUGCAAAAAAAUUUACACAAAGGUAAAGAUUUGACCAAAAGGUGUGUUGUGCCUUUCUGCACUGGUGUAAAAUACCUACUAUUGAAUAUCCCAGGGAAUCACUGAAUGUAAAUAAUUUAAGAAUAGAAAUUACUGGCUACCCAGCUACAGAUCUAUGAUCCAGGUGGUUCGUAUGACGAAUACAAAAAUAAGAACUCCUGUUUAUAUGGCUUUUGUUUACCUUCCAGAAAGUUAGCAUGUGCUACAAUGUAAGUGUUGUGUUACUCAGGGUUCAGCCUCAGUACUUCACUCCUCUGUUUUGGAAACAUCACGCAGGUGAUGCUCACAUGGUUGGAGAUAUGGUAGGUUUACCUCACUGCAUCCUGCAAUCCCUGCUGAUCUCCCACACUUCAAGUAAGGGAUUCUGUUUUAUUCAUGCCAUGUAGGGUGUAGCAGAUGCAAGAGAGCAAUUCUGCUGCAGGGACAGAACCAGCUCCACAGUGAUCAGGAAUUGGGGUUAGUGUAAAUGCUACUAUUAAGGGGGGG